CGCCUGCCAUGACCGAACACAUGGUUCGCGCCUAAAGUGUAUUGAUAAGAUUAAAUAAUACCUUUAAUAAAUAAAUGUAUUCUCCAAUCCAUCGUGUGGGGCUGUUUUUAAAUCGUCAAAUACGAACCUCUCCAAAACUUAUAGCAGCAGCAACAAGAAUGUCUAGCAGUAACAGCGCAGCGGGGUCCGACACGGACAUAGUUUGGAUUGACAUGGAGAUGACCGGGCUGGAUAUUGACAAGGACAAAGUGCUAGAGUUGUCCUGCAUUAUCACCGACAAGGAUCUGAAUGUAAAAUCCGAGGGCCCCAGCUUCGCCAUAAAUCAUCCCCAGGAGGUGUACGAUAAUAUGAACGAGUGGUGUAUAAAGCACCACUAUGAAUCCGGCCUGGUGGAACGAUGCAAGAACUCCCAAGUUAAUCCCGAUCAGGCUGAGGAACUAUUAUUGUCCUAUCUCAAGAAAAAUAUUCCCGAAAGAAAAUGCCCGUUGGGAGGGAAUUCUGUCUACAUGGAUCGAUUGUUUCUCCGAAAAUAUAUGCCGCUGGCGGAUGAAUACCUACACUACCGCAUUGUGGAUGUGUCCACCCUCAAGGAGCUGGCGAAACGGUGGCAUCCAGAGGUGGCUGAUGCUGCUCCAAAAAAACAGUUUAAGCAUCGGAGCCUAGAUGACAUCCUGGAGAGUAUUGAGGAGCUUAAAUAUUACAAGCAGAGAUUAUUUAAGUAACUUAUAUUGGUAGUACUUAAUAAGUAACUUAAUUAUUGAUAUUGAUUUUUUAGGUAAAAAAG